UGAUUUCCGUAUAUUCCUCGAUCCGGUCAGGACCGGCUGUACUCAAGUGUAUUUCCAACGGCGGCCAUUGAUCACCUCUCCGGCUUCGCCGUUGUCAAAACUUCACGCGCCGUCGAUGAGCUCCGCCUCCGCUUUAUCUCACCUCAUCUGCUGAUGACAACGCCACAACAGCUACCACUACCACCAGUAGUCCGCUCUUCCCCAUAAGUACUGACUACUGAGUUCUCAACCUCCUCCAGUUCUUCAUCCACUUCACCUGCUAGUUCUUCAGAUAUGUGGAACUACAUAUGGAUUCUUUUUUUGAUUUAUCUUCUGAUAGAAAUCAGCUUUGCUAAGGCUGCUUCUGUUGAUGAUGGAUUGACUUCCACGUGUCCUGCGCUUGACCCCAGGCUGAAUUACCGUCCGAUAAUCGGAAUUCUCAGCCAUCCAGGAGAUGGUGCCUCCGGUCAACUUAGUAAUGCGACUGAUGCUUCGUAUAUUGCUGCAUCGUAUGUGAAGUUUGUUGAAUCUGCCGGUGCUAGGGUUAUUCCUCUCAUCUAUAACGAACCUCCUGAGGUUCUCCAGAGUAAACUCAAUCUGGUCAAUGGAGUGCUUUUUACCGGUGGAUGGUCUAAGGCUGGCCUAUACUUUGAUGUUGUUGAGGGAAUUUUUAAUCAAGUCCUGAAGAAGAAUGAUGCAGGUGACCAUUUCCCAUUGCUUGCAAUAUGCUUAGGUUUUGAACUCCUAACGAUGGUUAUUAGCAAAAACAAUAAUAUCCUUGAAGCCUUCAGUGCAUCAAAUCAAGCGUCUACGCUCCAAUUCAUGAAGAAUGUAAAUAUUGAAGGAACUCUGUUUCAAAGAUUUGCUCCUGAGCUGAUUGCGAAGUUGAGCACAGAAUGCCUUGUGAUGCAAAACCAUAAAUUUGGCAUAUCGCCAGAAACAUUUCAAGGGAACAUGGAACUGUGCAGCUUCUUCAAGAUCUUAACAACUAGUAGGGAUGAAAAUAACAAGGUAUAUGUAUCAACAGUUCAAUCAGAAAGCUAUCCAGUAACUGCUGUCCAGUGGCACCCAGAGAAAAAUGCUUUUGAGUGGGGAUUGUCGAUGAUUCCACAUUCAGAUGAUGCAAUUCAAGUGACUCAACACGUUGCCAACUUUUUCGUAAGUGAGGCUAGAAAAUCCUUCAACAACCCCCCUGCUAAGGAAGUGCUGGACAACGUUAUUUACAAUUACAGCCCCACUUAUCGUGGGAAGGAGGGGAAGGGAUAUGACGAGGUUUACAUCUUCACCGAAAAGGCUGCUCCAUUUCAUUAUAAAAUGUGAUAUGUGUAAUCAUGAUCAAGUAUAGGGUUGUCACAUGUGUUUUGUUACAAAUUUGUGAAGAAAAUCCAUAGAGUAA